AUGGAUAAAGAGAUUCAAAUUUCACCCAAGUUGACUGGUAAGGCCGAUGAGUCUAAAUUAUUUUUGGAUUUAAUUCCUUCUGAUGUUUUGUUUGCUGUAAGUUUAUUUUUAUACAGUCAUUAUUUUUUUAAUCUUGAAUUGUCUAAUGCAGUGUUUCUCAACCAGUGGUCCGCGGAUCAUCGGUGAUCCGUGAGCCUGUCAUAGGUGGUCCACGGUCCCAUAGAUUUUAUCUUCUUUUUUUGGCUCGUUCAUUUCAAAAAAAAAAAAAAGAAUUACGAAAAAAUAUAAUAUCCAUUGUGUUUUUUCACUUUUAAAAGUGUUUACCAAAGUAAUGAAUAAUAUUAUUAUCGUUAUUACUGCUGACGAUCGAUUAGUAGGUUCAACUUUUAUAAGUGUGUAGAUACCAAAGGUUUAUUACUUUGAUAAAAGUAUUUAUUAAAUACCAUUAAAUAACGAUUUAUUAAAUAUUAUUAUUAAUUGUUUACCGAUUGCAUCGAAACAUAGUUUCUCAAAUAUUUAGUUAUAAGUAUCAGUAUUAGUAUUAAGUAAUAAUUAUGAGAUUAAUCGAAUUUUUACGUUUUUACGUAUUUAUACUGAGUGUACAACUCCAAUUGGAUGAGCUUUCUCAGCGAUUAAUUUUCUUAUGAACUGAUAUACGAAUAUUUACAAUAUAACAUUUUGUUAUUUUAUUUUGACAUUAUUUUUAUUUUAUACAAUAUGUUGGUCUGUCAUGUAGUAUUUUGGAUAAUAUAUUAUUUGAUUUUGUAAUAAACCAUACCUAAUAUCAAUAUAAACAUGUGAAUUGUAGUCUAAAUUAAUCUUAGGGAUGGACACUAUGUUCCUAAAUUUUGUUUGACUAUUUUACACUUAUGUAAGUCCACAUGUUGGUAAUUUUAUGUAGAUUUUUAGAAUUAUUAUGUUUAACAAAUACAUUGUAGUUGUAUGUGUAUAAAACGUUAUUAGUGAAGAAAAAUUUGUUUCCAUUAUUAUAGAAAUAAUAAUUAUUUACAAUUUUGUUUCUCCUGAACAAUUUUGAAAAGUGGACUUAUCUGGUUGUUACAGGGAGCCCUUCAAUUGAGGUGGUCCGCUACCUAACCUAUUAAAAAUUAUUAAAAUGAUCCGUGGUGGUAAAAAGGUUGGGAAACGUUUUAUUUAAAUAUUGAUCAGAAAAUUUCGGAAGUUCGCGAGGAUGGGCGAUGAAGUUCUAAAAAUAUAUAAAUGAUAGUCUCUCGAUUUCGAUUUAUACACCUAGUUUGAAUGGUCUAAAAUUAGCAAACAACAACUUUUCUUUUAUACUGUUUUAGUUUAACUAUAGCGGAUGAUUAUACCUACUAAUCGGUUGUAACAUUACACAUUCAUUAUAAUUAAUAUAUGUAUUGCGUAUUAUUUGUAUUAAUAAUAUUAUUAUAAAAUGUUCGUUUAUAGUUAUCCCUACCCAUCUACUUGAAUAAUCACGAUAAAGACAAUAAUUUAACCGAAAAGCUACGUGCUAUCCAACAAAGAAACGAUUGCGCGCCAAGUGACUGCGUUGCUUACGCAGAAUUUUGUGAGCUGUUUGAUAACUUCGACCGAGACGGAGACGUGGCGAAAUUUUGCAAAAAAACAUACUCAUCAAAGGUUGUAUAGGUAUAUAAUUAUUAUUUUAUCCAUCGCUUAUAAAAGUUACUUAAGAAAAUAAAUAUUAAGUGGGUGUUUCACGCCUUAAUAUUUAAAUUUUAAGGGGUUCCAUUUUACAAUUGAAAUGACAUUUUUGAAAAAGAUGCAGUUUAUAAGCCCAAAAAUAUUCAAAUCAAUGUACAAAUAAUGAUUUUGUAUCAUUAUUAAGUGCUUGAUUUGUAUUCUUUAAUGAUCAUUAUAGUCUAUUUACGUUAAAUUAUAGGGUAAAUACUCAAUUACGAUUUUCCGAUACAAAAUUUGUAUAAAAAGCAUAAGGUUUAUACAUCCAGCAUAUGUAAACGAAUAGCGCAGAUCUCAUAUUAAAGAUCAAUAAUGAUUUUUUUUUUUUUUUUGAAAAAACCAAUAAUUUGUGAAUAGAAUAAAUAUAUAUCGACGGUGUUUUGUUAAAAGGUCGUAUACCAAUAAAAUAUUGUUUUACAGGAAGAAAAAAUAACUAUUUUGUAAAGAAACAGAAGAACAAUUUUUAGUGAUAUUCAUCAUGGAAAACAAUAAAAAUGACUCGUAUACAUAAUACCUUAUACACAAAGUAUAUACUUGCAUUAAAUGUGGUAUACGCCCUUUUAACAAAUCAGUGUUGAUUUAGUUAUAUUUUAAAAGGGCACCUGAAUAUAUUUUAGGCGUCAUUACCAACUUAAUUGUUUUGAUUUUGUUGAUACCAAAAACGUAUAUUUUUCGAUUUUUAGUGAUGUACGCCCUUUUAACAAAAUACCAUCGAUAUAAAGUGGGAACAAGGGGACCAGGGAUGCGCAAGAUAUUUGAAAAAGUAUCUAGAUACAAGAUACUAGAUACUAGAAACUAUUUUUCUUCCCAUUUAGAUACAAGAUACAUAAUAAUAAAAACGUAUAGUAUGUUUACCUAUAAUGUCAGGUUUUAACUUUGUUUUUAAUCAAAUAAAAAAUAAAAAUAUAUUAGACAUAUUGUGAACAAAAAAUACUCUAUUAUUAUUAUUAAACAAAAUAUGAAUAUCAGAAUAUAUAUCAAAAAUGACAAAUUUAAAUUAUUAGUAAUAAUUGAUGAAAAAAAAAAAAACGUGAAUAUUAUUUUGAGAAUACCAUAUUACUUUUGAGAAAUAUUAAAUUUGCAAAUGUAACCAUUGUAAUCUAAUUGUUGUAAAUAAUAUUAGAAUGAAAAAACAAACGAAUCAUGACUUAUAUCUAGUAUCAAAAAUCUUUACAGAAAAAGAAAUACAAGAUACACCACAGAAAAGGUAUCUAGGUAAUCUAAACAACUAAACAUGAUACUAGAUACAAUUAUUUAAUUUCAAAAGAUACUAGAUAUAAAUGUAUCUAACACUUUUUUUACCACUUAGUACAACUUAUAAUGAACCUCGUCUUUUCGAACAUUUCUAUUUGGCCAAAAAAUGUUAUUCCCGUAGUAAAUAUCAAUAAAAAAAACUACGUAAAACAACUAGAAAAUGUAAAAUGCAUUUAAAUAGUUAAAAAAAUAUUUUUUUAUUUUCCACGUCUAGAAUAAGCCAAUAUAAGUUUUCUGUCAAAAUUUCAAGUCACUACUCAGAAUCUAAAAUUCAUAGUUUUAGAGUUCAUGCAGUUUUAGAGAAGUUUUAUUUUCCUGAACAUACUUAAUAUUUAUUAUAUAUAUAUAAAUAUAUAUGUUACAGUUAAAAGCCAAAAUCCGUCAAAACUUGUUUCCACAAACCCUAGUCAAUUCUAGUUUUGACUAAUUAAAACUAAAAUUAAUUACUAGUUUUUUCUGGAAUGCAUAUAUUCCAACCUGUACUAUUUAACACGCACGCAAUCACAGGUGAUCUCUAAACAUUGCUCUAUAAAUUCGACUGGCUGACUAUUAAAUCAAUUAGGAUAACUUUAACCAGUCGUCUAUUAAAUCACUUUAAGAUACAAUAACUUCAACCGAUUAUACCUAAUAGAUAAUAAUUCGGCUGCAAUAGCUUUUGUCCCCUCGUUUUCAGUUUUGUCAGUUCGUUAUCUUCGCUGUAGUCGUUAUACCUACGUGUUUGUCUCGACAGGGUCAGGGCAAGGCUUUGUAAGAUGCACACGUAAGAAAUCUUACAGAACAAAUCGUUGUUUAUGUAAGAAAAAUAGAAUAUUAUGCAAUUCAAAAUGUCAUGAUAGUUUAUCCUAUGAAAAUAAAUAAUAAAAUAAAUGCCUAUUGUAAUUAUCCUAAAAUGUACUUAUUUCUACUUUUUCCUAAUUUAAACUAUCAAAAUAAAAAUUACGGAUUUUCACUAGAAAAUUCUAAUUUUCACCAAUAUAUUUCAGAUUUUCAGACGCAACUAGUUCUAACUAAACAAAAAUAAGUUAAACCUAAUUUUACCGGUGAAGGUCUUAGUUAAUUCAAGUUUUAACUAGUCAAAACUAGAAUUGACUAAAGGGAUUUGUGGAAACUAAUUUUGUCGGAUUUCGGGUUUUAACUGUAAUAUAUACAUAUGUUUUACUGCGGCUUAUGCAAUAGUCAUUAGUGCAACCCUUUUUACGCGCCGAUAUAUAGAUAGUUUAAACUAUUGAACUAUUAUUAUUUAUUAUGUGACACUGUAGAUAUCGAAAGUCAAUCGCGAUUUCUACGAUGCGAUUAACACGUUUUGCCGGAUCGUUAGGGACAACGAUGUUAACAAAGACAAGGAACAUACCGCUCGCAUUAAACGUAUGUCCGAAGAAACCGAAUUAAACAAAACCGAUAUAGCGUUGUUAGAGGACAAAAUUCAGAAGAAUAUAAUUGAAUAUGACGAAAAAGUCUUAGAAUACGAGAAAGAAAAAAAAUAUUACGACAAUCAAGUGAAAAACGCUUAUCGGGAGGCCAACUUUUAUAGAGCUCGAAUUGAGUAAGUACGUAUUUAUUUAAUAAAAACGUUAAAAUAACCACAAAAAGUUAACUCGAAAAUGUCAACUUGUAAUUACUUUCUAAUUUCAUACUAUAAUAGAAAUGAAAUAAGACUGUGAAAUCGGGAUUUAAUAUUUUAGUAUAGGUUUAUAAUGGUAUAAUUAUAUUGAUUUAUAUUUAUGAUCGUGGACGGAAUGUGAUAGAUGGACAGGUAUAUAAUUUAUUGCAUAAUGUUAUUAGGUAAUUAAACAUCUAAUUUGCCUAAUUAAAAUAAUAUUUUGUUAUAAUUGUUCCGGUACUAAUAAUUGUAUUUUAUCUUAUUCGUAUUGUUUUUAUUUCAAAUGAAUUCAAGUAUUUAAUAUAUCACAAUACCUACCUAUUUAAAAUAUUUGUAUCAUAGUAUUGCACUAUGUUCGAUUAUAAUAUGUCGAGCAAUAAAAAUAAAUAAAUGCCAGCGUUGUAGCCAGUAUUUUGAAUUGAAAUGAGGCUAAAUGUAUUUUUGCUUGAGACGUGGGUGAGGAUAACAGUGAGGGUUUCGAAUCGCCAACAAAAGUGUUUUCAUAAUUAUACAUUUCGAUGUAAUACAUUAAACUAAAAUGUAUAUGAAAUAAACUUAAUAGACACUGAAAUAAGAAUAUAAUAUGACAUAACUUUUAUCUAUACCUAUUCCUUUCCAACAGUUUCAUCAUAUCCUUCGAAAAUUUUGAGUAAAAGCAGUAAUUAUAUAAUUUUGAUUAAUGGCUUCUUUUUUAUGUAUGUUAACCAUGACUAACCAUCGCUUUUAUAAGAUUCAAUGAAGGAAACGUUCUUUCAAGAGUGGAAAACAAAUCCAGAAUUGUAGUUAACAAUAAAAACGUAAAAUAGUAUACACAGGAUGUCUCACGAAGAUAUACUAAUUGUGAUCUCUCGGAAAGCAUGCAUUUUUUUUUUUAACAUUUUAGAGCAAGUAGCUCUAAAAUGUUAUAUUAUCCUUAUUUUUUGUAGCUCCUUUUUUUUAGGAAUGAAACGAUUUACCCCUUUUAUUUUUUAAUGGUAACCUAUAUUAAAAAUGCUAUUAACAUACGGAGUUUUAGCUUAAUUAUAUUUUGGUGAUGACAUUUUUUAUUACGUUCAAAACUACGUUAACGAGAUAAAAAAUUAUAGUAAUACAGGGUGAUAAUCGUUUAUCCGUUCAUGUUUUAACAAACAUAAUGUAAAAUUAACAGUUUACAUAGGAAAAGAGUUUUUCUGCUUAAUUUAGCAGAAAAAGUUAUUGAUUAAUUUGGGAAAAAUAAAAUAAAAUUGCAAUUUGUUUUCAAUUAGUUACUUAAUAAGUGUAAAAUUUAAUAUUAUAUCAUAAUAACUUUAAAAUUAUUUGAAAAUACAAAUAAUACAAGUGUUCGAUUAUUAAUACAAAUUAAGGCUGUCCUUCCUGAAUUUUACACUUCGAUCGUGUGUAUCUUUAUUUUUAUUAAUCAUGGUAAUUAUAGAUAAUAAUUUAGAUAGGUACGUUUUAGUAGAUAAAAAUCUAUUUUAUUGAAUACAUAACAAUAUGUUAUGUGAUUUUUUUUUUUUUUUGCCAAAAUAUAGUGUAUGCCAAUUAUUUACAUUUAAAAUAUUAUUUUUAUUGUAUGUUAGAGACAACUAAUACAAGGUUGAGAGCAAUUAGGACUUUUACUUUAGAUAGUUUGAAGGCAAUUAAUAUAAAAAUAGGUACUUUUGGAGGCAACUGAUACAUGCCCGAAAAUAAUAGAUACGAUUAUCGUGGCGUCGACUAGAAUACCGAGAAUACUUUAUUGACUAAGUCUUACUAUUUUAGUAAUUAACCGUUUAUUUUAUUUUUUAUAACAAUAUUUUUAGGAUAUUAAAAAUAUUUUAUCAAUUUUUGAUGCAUAUAAAACCAGACUCUAGUUAACUCGUAAACGGUAAAUCUGAUAUAAGUGCUAUAUACACAUAUAUCAACAUUUCUAGAAAAAUAUUGUGAUUCUGAUAUAUGUGAUAAGUAUCCUGUAUACUCGUAAAAACCUCGAGGGAAACUAUCCUAAGCCCAAACGCUAAACUGACUAUUAGGUUGUACCUAUAACAUUAUUAUAUUUAUAAGAGCCUAGGUAACCAGUGGCGUAGCUAUCAUAAAGCAAUGCCCCGGGACUCCAGAGCUGAAAUUAAUUCCUUAAAAUAAUUGAAAAUUUUGAUGUAUUUAAUAAUGAAUAUUUUAAAUCUUAUGUGGCAAUUCCAAUCAAAAUCAUUAUUUAAAUAGAAUAAUUACUAAUAUUUAUAAUUUGUAUAGUAUAACAAACUAUUAUAGUAAACUGGAUUUUCUUUUACUUUGUUUAAUAGUUAUCUGUUUAUUAUUUUUAUUUGUGGUUCCAUAGUAAGUGCAUUUACACUUAAAAUCAAUGUUACAAGUAAAUAUAAAUAUAAAUUCAAAUUUUCAUAAAGAUUAUAUUAAUUAAAGGGCCUGGAUUUUUAAUUGUCCCGGGGCUCUUUCCCAUCUAGCUACGCCAUUGUAGGUAACAAAUUUUUCAUGUAUCUUCUUACGCAAUGUUUGAUGUAUUAUAAUAAAUUAUAUUGUUAUUUUAUCAAGGACAAAAAAUAAACAAGAAAUGUUUAUUUACAUUCGUGAUUUUGAAAACGAAAUUACCGAACUAGAGAAGUUCUUGGAGAAAAAAAAAAAACAAUCUGUUGUUUGGAAAGAGAACAAUAUGGUUGAAACCGAACGGCUGAAAAAAGAGUUGUAUGAACUAUUACUACCUAAAUGACUAAGUUUUGAAAUUAUAGUUUUUUAAAGUUCUGAUAUUAUGCGGUUAUUAUAUUAUUUUAUGUUAAAAAACUAAAUAUUGUCUUCUCUAAAGCAUAUUUUUCGUAGGUGUGUGGUUAUAAUACAUACCUAUUUUCAUCUUAGGGUUCGCGAAUUGAACUCCCUGUUUUGAAGAGGAAUUUUUAGCAUUGUUUUCCUUUUAUCUAAACAAGAAAAAACAAUGCAUUUUGGGUGUGCCCAAAGCCCAAGCCAUCGCUCGCUCGGACUAGUUGUAUUUUAAUCACAAAACACCACUCGAUUUGUUGUGUAAACUUUUCUACCAAAAAUCAUGCUCUGAUAUAUCAAGUGUAGCUUAUUUUCUGAAAGAAAAUUUUAUAUCCAUGGCAAUUUAAGGAGGUGAUUUUUGAAUUUUCUAAGCGGUUUUCAUAAUACCUGGGAAAAAACGGGAAUAAAUGUCGGAAAAACGGAAAAUGUACAAAAUACAUUAGUAAAAUAUUAUGGCAUUCUUUUUACUGUGUACGACUUUUCUACCAGCAAUUUUGCUCCGAUUUACUAUGAUAGCACUUUUUCUAAAAGGAAAUUUGACUUGAGAGGUUCUUUAAAGAAGUUAUUUUUUGAUUUUUCCACGAGUUUUCCGAGUAAAUGUGAAAAACCGGGAAAAACAUAGGAAAACCGGAAAAAAACACAGAAAAACGAAAAAAUCGGUACAAUAUUAAACAAAUUAAAGAAAAUAUUUAACGCCUAUAUAAUUAUUUUAGCAUAAUAUUACAUGUAUAUUGUUGGCAAAGUAUCAUUAUCAAUUAAACUGCGCUCAGAAUCGUUUAUCGUUGCUUACAGAUAUACAUUAAAUUACCUAUAGCAGUAGUUGCAACAGACUCCAUUAUCCAAUUACCAAAAGAUUUUUGGUAGAAAAGUUGUUCACACGUUAUAGUGAAACUAAUACGUACCGAAUCUAAAACAAUCUUAAUAAUAAUUAAUAAUAAAUAUAAAAGCGAUCCCUUACCUCCUCCAUUAUGAUAAAAAUCAUUUGAUUGCCACUGGUUUAUUGUACUUAUAUAUUACAUAGUGUUUUUCAGAUUAAAAAAAUGGGCGUUUUUGAAGACAAUAAAUGAGGAGUACAACGAUGACAUGUUAUUGCGAUAUAAGAAAAAAACAUAUCUCCAACAGACAAUAAAAUCUAGGAAGGAUUCGUUAAAAACUCUGAAGGUAUCCACGCGAACAAUAAAUAUCUAGCAUUUCUUCGUUACACAUUAUACAGAGUGAUUCACUCAACUGGAAACACUCAUUAUCUCAGAAAGUGUAAACUUUUUUCGAAAUUUGUUUUUUUUUUUUUUUUGUACCAAUUUGUAGCGGUACGGCGCGCGGCGUAUUAAAAAUACACCACUACUCUCCUCCAACCAAUACUUAAAAGUAGAAUACCUCGUCAACGGGUUGACGGAAAUCAAAAUUUUCUACACCAACAUUUAUUUUAAACAAUACUCCGUCUAUUUACGGCAUUUUAAAAAUAGGUUGCUAUUUCAAAAUCAAAAGUAGGCAGUCAUUUCACCCUGCAAAAUAAAGGAUAUAAAAAAAAAAAAAAUGAUAACGUAACAUUUCAGAACUAUUUAAUUCUAAAUUUUUCAAAUUUAAAAAAUUUCAAAAAAAAGUUAAUAGUUUCUGAGAGUAAUGAGCGUUUCCAGUUGAGCGAAUCGCCCUGUAUAUUAUAACAUGAAAUUACAUAUUAUUACGUUACCCCGCGCGCAAUAGAUUAUUGGUAAUAUAACGAGAAAAUAGAAAAACAGUUUUGUUCGGGCAUCGACUUAAAAUAUAACCGGUAACAUGACGUUUAUGCAAACUGAUUAUGCGUUCGCACCCGCGGGAACCUUAUGGCGCUCUCGGCCUUUUCUCUCCGUCGUCCGUUGUUCCUCGUCUGCCGUGCCGUCUUUCGUCGGACGCGCGUAUGUACGUUUUUUUUUUUUUUUUUAUAUUCUGUCCGCGUUCGUUUUUUCGGCCGUACACGUUUUCUGCCUAUUCCCGACCGGGUCCGUGUACACUCUCCGUGCCAUUCUCGGUCGCGUCCGCGCCGCGGUGACAUUCCGUGACGCUGUUACGUGCAUGCACCCGAAGUGCACUACGCCACACUCGCGAAAUCCCGGAUCCGUCUCGCCCGUUUGCGGGUGAAUUGCCCACAACGGGUUUGAGUACCCGUAUAGUCGGACAGCUGACACCGUCAGCGUUACCGGCAAACACCUGUGACGCCGCCCACAUUCGCGCAUCUCGUCGGCCGGGUUAAUCUUAUUUUUACACAUUUGUGUUAUCGGGUCGCUGAGCGCAAUCCGUAUUAAUUGUUCGCGUUUACCGUUGUCGGAUACCUAUGGUCUAUUAUAUUGUAUACUAUUAUUAUUGAAUUAUUUAUUGUGGCGUGCCCCCACUAACCCUUUUUAAUUGCAAAACAUUUGUUCACCAUGAUUUAUUCUGUUGUUCACUUGUACAUAUCUAUUAAUUGUCCGUGUAUAAUGUACACAUAUAUUCUCCAUUACCGACAACAAUUAUAGUUCGCGUUAUUUUCAAAUCGGUUACCCGCCCCCCCCCCCGCCCCCAUCUUCGUUAUCUACAUGCGAGUCCAAGGCAACCAACUACCCCACUUGGUUUAGUUUUGUCUAGUUUACUCAAAUCUUCAAUCGAAUCAAAUAAGAUAAUAAAUCUAUUAUUUUCAAUUAAAUUUUUGUUGUGAUUCGAUUAAAAAUAUUCGUAGAGACUUGAAAUUUAGACCAUCUUCAACAUGUUUGCUAAAAAUUAAAAAUAUUAUUGUAAGUUAAUAUUGAGUAAUUGCAGUCACUGAUGUAUACAAAUAAUAUUUUUAUAAUUAAACGUAAUAAUUAGGUACAAACUCACUUUAUUUAAUAAAGAAACCUAAAAACGUAUAUAAAGAAUGUCAAGUUUAAACUGAAGUUAUUUAUGUUUGAUUUAAGGAAAAUUCAAUUUCAAUGGGAACAUAUCUCGAGAAAUUAAAAGAAGAAGAAAGAAUCAGUCUCAAACGAGAAUUUUAUGAUAAAUUGGACGCAAUCAAAGAAAAAAUAGCACUGAGAGCUAUUACGAAAUUUCUUAUGCCUUAUAUACUUAACGAAUUCGGACCCAGAAAAACUACAAAAAAGACAACUAAGAAUUAA